ACUGUAGGAGUUAGUCUGUCAAAUGCCUAUUUUAAUCCCAACACACAGACACAACCAUUGGAUAUGGCUGCUGGACAGAAUUGUCCAAUCAGAUCACUCCUCUAUGCUCUAACACCAAGUAGAACGGGGUUAUACCGUCAGGUAAUAGCCUAAGAGGAUGAACCAGAAGGCUAUCUUGCGGAGUAGUGAACGGUGAACAAGACAUUAGACUCGAAAGUGAAGUCAAGAGAUCGGAUCUGUGGCUCUGCUAUGAGUUCCGACACUCAGAGGGUGACCGUCUGCAUUGUUAUUGUCUUCCUCCUAUUCGUCAACGCUCUGCUGUUGUUCCAGUUUACGUUUAGGUAGGAUUAGGACUGUCCAGAGGGACUGAAGAGAAGGGUAGGAUUCCCAUUAACCAAAUGGCAUAAAUGCAGCCUAAGACAUAACACGAAUUAUUUUUGUUAAAGUUAGUAGUCAUGACGUGCAUUCAAUUACAAAUAUGUACAGCGCACCAAGAUAGUCAUGAAAUUGAGGACUUCAAUGUUUUUAAAUGCGGCGGGUUUUAAUCCGCGUCACGGCGCUGGAGUUCUGCGCGGAGUGCGCGCAAACCCCUGUCGUCACCAAAUCUACGCCCCAAGCUGCGAACCGGAGGAUCGUAUCUGAACAAGUCAACACAAAGCCAGUUGUCAUUCAGAGGAUGAACCCAGAACGCGGCAAUGUCGUGUCACGUCAUUGGAGUCAGUUAGGCGAAAGAUGCCACCGCCGUUGUUGACAUGUUUUUGAAAGAUGUCACAGACACUGGAGCUUUAAUCCUGUGGGUAGUGUGUACGAAGGAACCUAUGGCCGCUAACUCCUUUUACCAGUAUUCUAAAGGUGUCGUAGGACAUAGUUUUCAAGAGAAAGCACAUUAACAACAUCCUUUGCACCAAGUUACCCGGUGAAGAUGGAUUUCACAAGGUUGGCUGUAGACGCUGGUGCGUUUAUUAACCGAGCUGUUCAGUAUACCGAGGAGACUCUGGGACAGGCGGAGAAGACAGAGUUGGAAGGCAGCUUGGAGGAUCUCAUGGUCAAGGCUGACGUCAUAAAAACCAGGACGGAUCAGAUCAUCUCACAGACUGAGGUUCUACUUCAGCCCAAUCCAGGAGCACGUAUGGAGAACCUGCUGUAUGAACAUCUGGACUGGAGCGCCCCUCCAAGGCCAUGCCCCCACGAGGUGCUGGGAGAAACCAUGAGCCAGGCAGGCCUAGAACUCGGAUCUAACACACCCUAUGGGACUGCUCUGCUGAAGAGUGGGGAGGCUCAGAGGCAGUUCGGGAGUGCAGAGAGGAAGUUCAUCCAGAGCACGGCCAUACACUUCCUGUCUCCUCUACGUAGCUACACUGAAGGGGAAUACAGAGACAUACAGAAUGAGCGGAAGCUGUUGGUGAACAAGCGUCUGGAUCUGGACAUAGCCAAGACGAGGCUGAGGAAAGCUCAUGAGGCCGAUAGAGAGGCCAGAAAUCUGAAUGCUAACCCUUUGGGAGAUGACUACGUGGUCUAUGCCUCCUACAUGUUCAGCUUCCUACGAGUCAAAUGGCUGAAGAUGUGGGCCCAGGAGAUCUCUCAGGCAGAGAUGGAGCUGAGGAUCUGUCAGAGCCUGUUCGACCGACAAGCUGAGGUCACCAAACGCCUACUGGAGGGGAUUAGCAACACUCACGCCAACCACAUGCGUAGUCUGUGUGACUUUGUGGAUGCCCAGGCCUCGUACUACGCCCAAUGUGACCAACACACCCAAGAGCUCCAGAGGCAGAUGUCCAGCAUCCCAGCUGUGUUUUGUUCCAACAACUGGCAGUCGGCAUCCAAUCAGAGCCUGGCAAUCAACCAUGGAAACGGUCAGCCAAUAGCAGCCAACCAGACAGUCAACCUCACAGCCAUCGAGGUGACCAGCCUGCUGUUCGACAUGAACCAGGCUGCCAGCCAAACCUCAAACAAUCCCCCAGCCUCCAUACCAGCACAAUGGGCAACAGCAACAACCAACCAGGACACCAGCCAGCUCUUGUCAACCAACCAGCCAUUAGCAACCAAGACUGAGACCAAUCAAAUGUCCAAUGAGCCCUUGACAACCAACCAGGCAACCAAUCAGUCCCCAUUAGUUAAUGGAGAGGUGAACCAAUCAGGGGUUGAGUAGUGUGUGUAUCCAAGGUGUGGUACCAGGGUUGGAGAGUUGAGGAGGACUCAGUUUUGCCAAAACAUGUGCAAGCUGUGUGAUCUCAAUGUUUAUUAUGCAACGAAUUAUGUGACUGUAUGUCAGUCUUCUGUAAACAACAGAUGCAUUGUGGGAGGAUAAUAUUAUUAAAGCCGACUGUUGUUAUGUGAUCUAUAGACUGUUAGCAAAAUUACUUAUAGUCAUGGUGGGUGCACACUGCACACUAAUGAAUCAUUUGAUGAACGAUGUUUGUGUUAUUGUUCAUUAGUAGAUCGUGUUUCUUUUCAAACAGGUGGAUUAUAUGAAACAUGUCACAGUCUGCCAUUUUGUUAUUAUGCUGUGUCAUCUGAGUAGAAUCUGUUGUCCGAGAUCAUGGACCUCUGUGUAAACCGAGAGAAACUGAGAUAAUCGAGCCACAGGUAUUCCUGCCUUUAUAUUUGCAUUAACAUUCACUACAACUGGUUAAGCUUCUCUGCCCAUCAAUUUUAUCAGUUCCUCAGUCCUAUAGAUAAUGACCCAUUCAUUCGAAUCAGGUGUGUUGGAACAGGGAAAUAUCUAGAACACACAGGACUGCGGGCCCUAAGGACCAGGAUAGUCCUUCUUCUGAUAGGGGAACAGCACCCUCGCUCUUAUGUCUGUGUGUGUGGAAUCUGAUGGUGUCUGAGAGUUAAUUCACUCUGUUAGUUACAAGCUGUCUGUCAGUCUAUCAAUCUAUCUAAACCAGUCAACUUCAACGUUUGACUAGAAAUCCUUACUAAUGGUGUAGCAACUGAUGGUAAACAUACAAGUUGUUAAAUGAUAAAUUAACUGUGCCAAUAUGUGGGUUUGUGUGUUCAUAGAACCAUUCAAACAUCGAGGUAAAUACACUGAUGUUGUCUUAAGUUUGUGUGUUUGUAAAUGUUGAUGUUGAUAGAACUAUUAAAA